AUGGCACUGGACCGCCGCUUCACGACGAGGGAUGUGCCCGCCAGGUUCCUGGAGGCCGUGUUUUUGACGGGCCGCGUCCCAUGGCGCGUGGCCCCCGCGGACCCGCGCGUGGCGUACGGGCUGUACGUGCCGCCGAGCCAGUACCACGCCAAGUACACGGCGGACGCGACGGACGACGACCAGGCGGACACGGCCGACGACCGCCUCCCCCUCGUGGUCUGGGUCCAUGGCACCCGCCGCGAUACGAGCCCCCUCUCGACGGAGCUGGCCGCCUUCGCCGAGGCCAACGGGUGCGCCGUGCUGGCGCCCUUCUUCCCGGCCAACAUGGACGGCCCGCACGACCUGGACGCGUACAAGGUGCUGCGGUCGCAGACGCUGCGGUCGGACCGGGUGCUGCUGGCAAUCCUGGACGAGGUGGCCGCCGUCUGGCCGGGGAUUGCCACCGAGGCGGUGUACCUGGGCGGGUUCUCAGGCGGCGGGCAGUUUGCCCACCGGUUUUUGUAUCUCUACCCGGAACGGCUGGCGGCCGUGGGGGUGGGUGCACCAGGGCGGGCGACGCGGCUGGACAAUACGCAGAACUGGCCGGUCGGCAUCAAGGACGUCGAGGCUGUGUUUGGGCGCGCGGUCGACAAGGCCGCCGUGGCGAGGGUGGCGAUCCAGAUUGCCAUCGGCAGCGAGGACAGCGCGGUGCACGGCGGGCCGGCGUUUUGGGAGUGGCUGCGGGCGAUGAAGGCCAAGGAGGCCACGGCCGUGACAAAGGCAGGACAGGACAAGGGCGGCGAGAAAGCGUCGACGUUGCCGACGAGCUUCGGCAGCCGGCUGGACUCGGCGACGGAACUGCAUCGCCUGUGGGCAGCCGACGGCAUCGCGUCUACCUUGACGGUGGUGCCGGGGCUCGCCCACGACAAUGCUGGCGUGCGGCCGCAUAUUUUGGAGUUUCUCCGGUCGAGGCUGGCGGCUGAUAGAAAACAGUGA